UCCUCCCAGUGCUCAGAAGUCCAUCCUGUCCUGGCGGCUGCCUCCACCUACUCCACCCCCUCACCACCUUGUGUGUUCAGUCUGCUCCACCUCCAACUUCUGAACUCCAGCUUAGCGACAGCAGCCAGCCCCUGGACCAUAGCCUGAGACCUCCAGAGGCGGAUCCACAAAUUUGUUCGUAUCCCAGCACGAGGGAGAUACCCACAAGCUGGCAGGAGGAGCUGUGCAUCAACUCUUGAGCUCUCCUCAUUUCUGUGGCUAUUGAUCUGGCUUGGAGAAGUCUGCUCUAGCUGUCUCUCUCCCUCUCUCUCUCUCUCUCUCUCUCUCUGCUCCCCUCUCAAGGAUCCUGUCUAUCAGGGCAAGGAUAAUUGACCGAGGCAACAGCAAGGACAAGCAAAAGAAAGCAUACACACGCAAAGGAAGGAAGGAACGUGAAAAGGAACACCAGCAUUGAAGAUUUAACACCGUGAGGUUUUUCUGCAAGGUGUAUGGUACUUUCCACAUUCCGAACAAUUGCACUGAAUUGUACAAGCUAAACUAUGACCACUCUGCUUUUAGUGUUUGUGUGCUUGCGAGUGAUCGCAGCGGCUAUUUCAGUCGAAGUUUCUGAUGACACUAAAGCCCUGAGCGUGAAGAUUGCCAUGCAGUCACCAGUGAAGGCUCUUCUUGCAAGCUCUGUGACUAUCCCCUGCUACUUCAUCGACUCCACACCAUUCUCACCAGACACUCCCUUGGCAACUUUGCUGGCCCCAAGAAUCAAAUGGACGAAAAUCAGCAAAGCAGGGAAAGAGACACUCAUUGCAGUUGCCACCUCUGGAAAAGUUAAGAUCAGCCAAGAGUACCAAGAUCGAGUCAAGCUUCCAAGUUACCAUGAAAUCCCAAAUGACGCCACCUUGGAAUUGGAUAAAUUACAAUCGAGUGAUUCUGGAAUGUACCGCUGUGAAGUGACACAUGGUAUUGAAGAUAGCCAGGACAUUAUAGAGUUGGUUGUUAAAGGUAUUGUCUUCCAUUAUCGUGCAAUCACCAGCAGAUACACCCUCAACUUCUACAAAGCCCAGCAGGCUUGUGUUGACAACACUGCCACCAUCGCAACACCAGAACAACUGCAGGCAGCUUACGAUGAUGGAUUUGAUCAGUGUGAUGCUGGAUGGUUGGCUGAUCAAACCGUAAGAUAUCCUAUUCACAAACCUCGAGUUGGUUGCUAUGGUAACUUGGAUGAAUAUCCAGGUGUCAGAUCAUAUGGUGUUAGAGAUACAAACGAAACCUAUGAUGUUUAUUGCUUUGCAACAGAACUACAAGGUAAUGUCUUCUACAUAACUACCACUGGCAGAUAUGCCUUUAAAGAAGCAAUGGAAGCUUGCCUUGACAAAGGUGCCCAGUUAGCCACCACAGGACAAUUGUACAUGGCAUGGAAAGAUGGCAUGGAUCAAUGCAAUACUGGCUGGCUUGCAGACGGCAGUGUCAGAUACCCAAUCACAAAGCGAAGACCCAACUGUGGUGGCAACUUACUAGGUGUAAGGACUGUGUACCGGUACGCCAACCAAACUGGGUACCCUGAUCCAAGCAGCCCCCAUGAUGCCUACUGCUUCACUGGAAAGGCUGAUAUCGAAACAAUAACAGAAACUCCACUCAUCUACCCAGCAACAGAGCCAGAAGAAUUAUUCACAGAUGAAGGAAGUGCUUUUACUGUUCAAACUAUUACUGAAAGGGUAGAGAAAUUCAUUACAAAACCGGUUGUAGACAGGCAGGCAAUAGGAGACGUUAUUACACUUAGUCCCUUUACACCAGAAACUCUUCCAUUCACUGAGGAAGUAACUGAGGUGACCAGAUUUGCUGAGAUUGUCACUCCAGGGACUGGCAGCAUUCCACCUUCGGAGGAACCCAUUCCAUCUGUUACCGAGGGAAUUACUGUUGCUGAAAUUACACACCUACCUGAAAACAUAACAAUUAGUGAAGAGUUAGCCACCCCCGAAAUCGUAUUGGCAGUAACCGAGAUGGUCACCUCACCAGAAAUCACUGCUUCUGAGGUAGCAACUGCUGAGGUGUCUAUGCCUGCUGAAGAACUGACAGCAACUGGGAGACUUGAAGAGGUCACAGUGACUCCACAGGAGAGUCUAGCCACUAUUGAGGAGGUUGUCGCUGUGGCAACAGCAGCUCCUGAGGUCUUUGCGACUGUGCCUGAGGAGCUAACAACUAUUCCAGAAGAGACUGGCACCCCAGUCACAGAAAGCAUCACCCAAACAUUAAUAACUGAGGAAAGGAGCGCAACCAUAGAACCAAUAUUCCCUAUCAGCUCAAUUUCUCCAACGGGGAUGGUUUUCCAUUACCGUGCAAUUUCAAGCAGGUACUCUCUGAACUUCACCCAGGCCCAAAUUGCCUGCUUGGAAAAUAAUGCUGUCAUCGCCACUCCUGAGCAGCUUCAAUCAGCCUAUGAACAGGGAUACAACCAGUGUGAUGCGGGCUGGCUCUCUGACCAGACUGUCAGGUACCCAAUGGUGAAUCCCAGAGAACGCUGUUUUGGUGACAAAGAUGGCUUCCCUGGUGUAAGAAGCUAUGGUGUCCGCAAGCCCGAGGAAACCUAUGACGUUUACUGUUACAUUGACUGUCUAAAUGGAGAGGUAUUCCAUGCAACUGUGGCAGACAGGUUUACCUAUGAUGAGGCAGUUGACUAUUGCCUAAGCCACAAUGCUAAGAUAGCCACUACUGGCCAACUGUUUGCAGCCUGGAAGCAGGGUAUGGACAAGUGUCGAGCAGGCUGGCUAUCAGAUGGCAGUGUUCGAUAUCCGAUCCAAAGUCCCAGACCAUCCUGUGGCAGUGGACGAGCUGGAGUGAGAACUGUGUACCUGAACAAGGAUCAGACUGGGUACCCUGAUCCUGAGUCACGCUAUGAUGUUUACUGUUUUAGAGAGGCCAUUGUUCCUGUAGUUACUGAAGAGCCAAAGAUUGAGAAACUGACCGUACCUGUGAUCCUAGUGGACAGGAUUUCAGAAACUCCUGAAGCUGAGAUCGAAAAGACAGUAAGGCCAGAGGAAGCUGAAGAAGGCAAGACUGAGAUCUUUGUUGUGGACACCACAGGACAGCCUACUGUGACGUUUGGUUGGACUGAGGAGACUAUAGUGACCCAAGUAGUGCCAAAGGUGGCAGUAUUGCCAUCUGAAUGGACUACAGUGUCCCCGGUGUCUGAGCUUACCACUGAAACCAUCCCAGACACAUAUCUCACAACUGAAGAAGCUGAGAAAUUGCUUGAGACAGUAACACCCACAGAAGAGCCUGGGCUUACUGAAGUAAUGCCCCUGCCAGAUAUUGACAUAAGUGGAGUCCCUUCUGGAGAGCCUUCUGGAGAACCUUUUGUCAGUGGAGAACCUUCUGGGGAGCCUCUUGUCAGUGGAGAACCUUCUGGAGAGCCUUUUGUUAGUGGAGAACCUUCAGGGGAGCCUCUUGUCAGUGGAGAACCUUCUGGAGAACCUUUUGUGAGUGGAGAACCUUCUGGGGAGCCUCUUGUCAGUGGAGAACCUUCUGGAGAACCUUUUGUCAGUGGGGAACCUUCCGGAGAACCUUUUGUUAGUGGAGAACCUUCCGGAGAACCUUUUGUCAGUGGGGAACCUUCUGGAGAACCUUUUGUCAGUGGAGAACCUUCUGGAGAACCUUAUGUUAGUGGAGAACCUUUUGUUAGUGGAGAACCUUCUGGAGAAGUGUUUGUCAGUGGAGAACCUUCCAGAGAAGCUUUUGUCAGUGGAGAACCUUCUGGGGAGCCUCUUGUCAGUGGAGAACCUUCUGGAGAACCUUUUGUCAGUGGAGAGCCUUCUGGGGAGCCACUUGUCAGUGGAGAACCUUCUGGAGAAGUGUUUGUCAGUGGAGAACCUUCUGGAGAACCUUUUGUUAGUGGAGAACCUUCUGGAGAACAUUUUGUUAGUGGAGAAUAUUCUGGAGAACCUUUUGUCAGUGGAGAACCUUCUGGAGAACCCUUUGUUAGGGGAGAAUCUUCUGGAAUACCAGACAUUAGUGAAUUACCAUCUGGAACAUCAGAGAUCAGUGGGGAACCAUUUGAUAUACAGGUAAUCCUGGUCACUCCAGAAGACAAAGAAUAUCCAACAAUUCCAUCUGUAUUUGUAGAAGCAGGUGAAGGACCCAUUGAAGAACAUAUUUCGGGGAUUCCAGUUUCAAGUGGGGAUUUGGAUAUCAAUGGAAAACUAUAUGACAUUAGUGGCCAACCUUCUGGAGUUCUUGAUGGUAGUGGGGAACCUUCUGGAGUUCCCCAAAUUGUUAUUGCAUCUUCCAGAAUUAUUGACACAAGUAAGGAACCUGCUGGCACUCCUGAAGGUAGUGGAGAGCCAUCGGGAGUCCCAGAAGUCACUGAAGGACCUUCAGGAGUUCACGAAGUUAGCGGAGAUCUUUCAGGAGUGCAUCAAAUUAGCAAAGAACCGUCUGUUGUUCCUCACAUUAGUGGCGAACUUCCUGUCAUGCUUUUACCUCUAAUUCCUAACAUUUCGGGAGACGGCUCGCUACCUGAUGUGGUAGUGAGCACUGGUCCGACAGAUCUUGAACUAACCUGGGUGAAAAGAAAGAUUCCAGGAGAAGCUGGAGGUGAAGGGGAUAAGGUUUCUUCAGUGUCCAUAGACAGUGCAACAUCCGGCAUCACAGAAAUGUCAGUUGGGUCUGAGACUGUAGGCGUGCUAAAGCUUACUCCUGCUACUCCAAUAGCACUUUCAACUGUUCCACCUCAAAUCUCGCCAGAAGUUGUGACAAUUGUGGCUGAGCCGGUGAUAGCAGAAGUUGUGCCUGUUCUAUGUCAAGACAACCUCUGUGGUAAGGGAACAUGUGUACUGAGAGAAGGCAGCUUUGUUUGUGAAUGCCCACCUGGAUUCGCAGGAGAACAUUGUGACAUUGACAUUGACGAGUGCCACUCGAGCCCUUGUCUGAAUGGAGCUACCUGUUUCGAUGGCAUCGACUCUUUCAAAUGCUUGUGCCUACCCAGCUAUGGAGGGGACCUCUGUGAAGUUGAUGUGGAAAAGUGCGAAGUUGGUUGGGUUAAGUUCCAGGGUCACUGCUACAAGCACUUUGUUGACCGACAGACAUGGGAAGCUGCAGAGCACCAGUGCAGGAAACACAAAGCUCACCUAGCCAGCAUUGUCACCCCAGAGGAACAAGAGUUUGUUAACAAUCACGCUCAGGAUUAUCAAUGGAUUGGACUCAAUGACAAGGCAAUAGAAGGUGAUUUCCAUUGGUCUGAUGAGAGUCCUCUGUUAUACGAGAAUUGGCGACCCAAUCAACCAGACAGUUUCUUCAGCACGGGCGAAGAUUGUGUUGUCAUGAUAUGGCAUGAAAACGGCCAGUGGAAUGAUGUCCCAUGUAAUUACCACCUGCCUUACACUUGCAAGAAGGGGACAGUUGCUUGUGGUCAGCCACCGAUAGUAGAACAUGCCAAAGCUUUUGGGAAAAAGAGAGAACGUUUUGAAAUUAACUCCUUGGUGCGUUAUCAGUGUAAACACGGCUACUUACAGCGUCAUUUUCCCAACAUCAAAUGUAAGCCAGAUGGGCAGUGGGAGCAGCCAAGAAUAAUGUGCAUAGACACUGCCACAUAUAACCGCAGGCCUCAGACAAGAGUUGACACAAGUAGGCCGCAUCCUGAAUCAAGUGCUUCAUACAGCUCUGACCCUUAAGUGAAAGUAAAUGGAUAUAAUUCUAUUCCAGAACAUUUAUAUUAAGAAUAAUUUUAUCAGCUAAAAGAAUUGUUUUCCCAGCCAAUAUAUAAAGCACCAAAGCAGCGCUAGAUCCAAUGUCCUUUUUUUACCUCGAUUUGAAGUCAAGCGUUAUCACUUAGGAUGAACUCUUCGGGCCAUCACUGCGCCUUUGGGAGAAGACCCGAAGAUUUUAUUUUCAGACAACUGUACGUCAUAAGAAAUAUUAGAUCAAUUUAGACAGUAUCAGAAAGUAUGCAGCAGCAUUAAAACAAUUUUGGAAUCUAUAUUACAAAGCAGAAUUAUUUACUAAUACAAUACAUGCACAGAUUCUUUUAAAACUGAGGGGAAAAUAAAAUAGUGUUUGCUUUCUGUGAACACAAAAGCAACAGAAUAAUAGUCCUGAUGCUAUAUAUUCAACUGAGACCGUGCAGUGCAUGGUUUAUUGGAUGUCUUUUAUUUGUUGAGGUGCAUAGUAGAAAUUGGAGUGCUAAACCAUUCAUAAAUGCAACAGCCACCUCCAAAAUGAGGGCUUCUGUUGCAUGACAAUCCUGAGUUGUAUAACUGUUGAACUCGAAAACGAGUAAAAAAAAUGGAUUUGAUAUUUUUUUCCAAAAAUAGAAGUGUGUGGGAGGGAAAAAUUACUUUGACAAAAUAUCUCCUUGCAAUUUGAAGAUAAAAUACGAACUGUUAUAUUUUAUCCUGAGUAAAAAAAACGUGAGGUCUUUAAGACUAUUUCAGAUAAUUGAAUGUGUUUGUGUGUGUGUGUGUGUGUGUGUGUGUGUGUGUGUGUGUGUGUGUGUGUGUGUGUGUUUGUGUGUGUGUGUGUGUGUGUGUGUGUAUGUGUGACUGUUUACGCGCACACGUGCAUGAGAGUAUGUGUUCAAUUUAAUGAAACUGUGAAUGGUUGAGAGAUAAACUGUGUACACAGGUAGCAGACAAGUUACAAGAAAGGAAGCUUUGCUUUUGUUAAAUUUUAGUUAAAUAUACAGUGAGGACUGGAAAAUGUAAACUUAUUUUAAAAUUUAUGGAAACCAGUGAUAGAUGUGACAUUCUUUUCCUAAGUCAUGCAAUGUAAUUUACUUAAGAAUUUUAAACUCGCAGAGAAUUUCUUUUGUUUUAAAGGGAAAUAUCCUCUAUUUGCAGCUGUGAAACUGUGGGUUUCCCUGUUUUGUUUUAAAAGUUUAAUCUUUCCUCUAAGGUAUAGAAGAUUUAUUGUUUUUGCUGUUUAGUGAGACAUUUCCCUCUUAUUUCUUUCAUCCAUUUUUGAAUCCCAACCCAGAUUAAUGCAAUAAAUGGCUCAAUGCCCUUGCCAACUUCAGAUGCCUGGAACAAAAUGUGUUUGGGAAGAAGCCCCAACCUAACUAAUUCAUGUCAUCAUGAGCCCAGUAAUGCCAGAACAUGAUGUAGUUUUCCAACCUAUAAGAGGUUAUAAGAGAGCUACUGUGAGAACCAGACUAAUGCAAUCAGUGACACAGCUCUGAGCUAAGGUGACCAUCCUGUGGCAGUGUAGGAGCCACAGGCUGUUUAUAUACCUGAUGGUUGAGUGCUUGAUACUGGCAUGGAAUACCUCAAAUCAAAAAGAUAGGAUUGCAAAUCACGACACUGGUGUUCAUUUUUCUAAUCAUCACUCAAGGAUACAAAAUAAGUGGACCUUAAUAUAAGUCUAUGGCCUACAGUAAAAGCAUAGCUUCCUUCACACAGUAAACUCAAUGCCAAUUUGAAACAGUUUAACCAUAUCUAACCUUUUGCUUACAAGAUUGAUGCUACAUCUGCAUUGUCAGUGCAAAGCACAGAGUUAAAGAGAGUGUUUCCCCAGCCCAAAGGGUCUCACUCCAGUGAAAUUGGACUUCUAUCCCAGAUUUAUGUUACAACUUCCUUACAUUGUUGUAGAUUGCAAGCCCUUUGUGCUGACAGCCAACUUGUAACGCAAUCUGACCAAGUCAUUGGUGAAAAAUAUAUCUUGCUUCAUAUUAUACUAAGACCUCAAGAUGACUUCUUCUUUGUAAGCCCCAUAGUGCUGUGAGCAGUUGCUGGAUCAACUUGGCACACAGCAGGAAUUCUCUCCUCCCUGGUAUAGAAAAGCUCAAAUUAAAAUUUGAUGCAAAAUAAAGGGCCGUGAAGAGACUGUAGACUAGUCACUGCCCAUUUCUGAUAAUGUUAAUGCCUUCAGGAGGGGAGAGCAAGAAAUAACAUGGAGAAGACUGAAAAAGAAAAUAAUACAUUAUUAUAAUCGCAGGGUGAUGGGCACUUAUUGCUCUGUAGUUUUGCUUUCCAGAAUAUUUUUAAGACUAACGCAUCUGCAUUGGCACUUCAGGUUUUAAAAUAAAAUUCUCCAAAUCCUUUUCCAUUCCUGAUAAUUGCCUACAGCUUUUAGUAGACUUUCUAUCACUAAUAUGAGUGAUUCUGAGACUCUGCUUCAGUCUCAGUUCAGCUCCAACUUGUGAAGUCUCAGACAUCACCUCAAACACUGGAGAAAAGAAAGCAAUAAAACCAUCACAGAGAUGUAGUCAAGUCUAUUCUGCUGGACAUUGAAACUGGCACCACAUUCCUCAGGCCUCACUGGGAAUACUAAUGUGCAGUACAUCUGACUCCUUGUUUAGGCUGUCACCACGUACAGUAAAGAUAUAGCCUGGAUUGCAUUCAAAACAGAGAGACAUUUCCUGUUGGCAAUUAUUUCAUCUUUAUAAGGUCCACUUAAAACAGCAUUCUACGUCAAUCAUCAUUCUAUGAUAUACAUUUGCAAGUUUUUGAGUAGGAAUCAUUGAAGUUACUAAACAUUAGCCCUUGCUCAACUAUUUCAAGGCCAAUAAUUUGGGUCAGGUCGAUGUUUUAAGUUUGAAUAAAAUCCUAAUCGAAUACUGUGCUACGGGUUCCAUCCAUCUAUUUAAUACUUUAAAUUUUGUGGUAAGGAGGGAGCUGCAUUUCAACAAUCAAUAAAAAUUGCUUUCAGAAUGAAUUAGACCUUUUCUUAGACAAGUGAUGUGAGAGAAAUGGGUAAGUGCAGAUUAUUAUAAAUUGUUUCUGUAAACUCUAAGCAAGUAAGGAUUGAGCGCUUUUAAGUCUUUGUAGUUGGAACAUUGUAUUUGCUGGUAAGAGGAACUGAUUGUACACCUUGUGUGAGAGGAUUUGUACUAAACUCUGUAUGUGUUUUGCCAUUUUGUAAUUAUUUUUUAAAAGAAACGUAAGUCCAGAAGUGUAGGUGUUAAUUCAUGCACAGCUAUGUAUUAAGAUGAGGAAACCAAUCUAUUUCUGCAUAAAUUAAUUGUAUACAAUAAACUGUAUCCCAUGUUACACCCAUUCUUAACCAA